AGUUGCCUUGCAACACUUGCCAAAAACAAGCCAGUCAUUUCACUCUGCAUUUUGUGUGUUCACGAAUUACAAAUUUCAAAAGCUAUUAUAAAGAAGUCAUCAUGGGUCCCGAUUACGAUUUUACCGAUACUCCCGUCAGCACAGGAACAACUAUUAUGGCCGUAGAGUUCGAUGGCGGCGUUGUGAUCGGCGCCGAUUCUCGUACCAGCUCUGGAGCUUAUGUUGCCAAUCGUGUGACUGACAAAUUGACCCAAAUCUCUGACAAGAUCUACUGCUGUCGCAGUGGCUCUGCAGCCGACACACAGGCUAUAGCUGACAUUGUUGCCUACUCGCUGAAUUAUCAUCGCAAUCAGACAAACAAGGAGCCACUUGUCUGGGAGGCAGCAUCAGAGUUCCGUAACUAUUGCUACAAUUAUCGCGACUCACUGCUGGCUGGUAUCAUUGUGGCCGGCUGGGAUGAAGAGCGUGGCGGUCAGGUCUACAGUGUUCCCCUGGGAGGCAUGUUGACCCAUGAGGCUUGCACAAUUGGCGGCUCUGGAUCUAGUUUUAUCUAUGGCUUUGUGCGUGAACACUAUCGUGAGGGUAUGCCCAAAGAGGAGUGUGUGGAUUUCGUCAAGAAGGCUGUGCAACAUGCCAUCUUCCAUGAUGGUAGCUCUGGCGGCGUCGUGCGCAUUGGCAUCAUCACCAAGGAUGGCAUUGAACGUCGUCUGUUCUACAACACAGAGUCUGGGCUGCCGACGAUUGUGGGCUCCCAAAGCUUUGUCAACUAAACUAUGUAAAAGGGAAAUGAAUUCGAAAUUCACAAUAUAAUAAUAAUUUGGUUUUGUAAUAAUAUGGUA